AUGGAGGACACCCUGCCAAUCGAUGAUAAGGAGUUUGACAUUCCCCAAGUGGACACACCUCCCACACUGGAGAGCAUCCUCAAUGAGGUCAAGUACAUGUUACUCUUUGACUGCUACACUACACUGUACCUACUGCAUCAGACACUGCCAACACUAGGAGGAUACGAGGGAGGAACCAUUUGUGUUGGAGGACACCUGCGUACUAAGACACAGACAACAUGGAUGCUCACUCCUGUGACACAUCCUCUCUGGCCAGCUCUGGACAGUGGAGACCCCAGCACACCCUCAACGUUCAUGGGUCUGUUUCUUCGGCACAGCCUGCUGAAGGGCAUCUCUGCACAGAUCGUCUCUGCUGCUGACAAAGUGGAUGCUGGACUGCCAACUGCUAUAACAGUGUCAGGUGUAAUUGCUGUGGGAACGUCUCAUGGCCUGGCUCUGGUGUUUGAUACCAACCAGGCCCUGCGACUCUGUCUGGGUACCAAGACAACUGGGGCAGAGUUUGGAGCUGUCUCUGCCCUCAGCAUCAACCAGGAUUGUUCACGACUUCUCUGUGGGUUUGCCAAAGGACAGAUUACAAUGUGGGAUCUAGCCAAUGGGAAACUUCUGAGAACUAUCACUGAUGCCCACCCUCCAGGAACAGCUAUACUGCAUGUGAAGUUCACAGAUGACCCAACUCUCGCGGUGUGCAAUGACAGUGGAGGAUCUGUUUUUGAGCUGGCCUUCAGGCGGGUGAUGGGGAUGCGGUCCUGUGACUCUCGAUGUCUCUUCAGUGGUUCUAAAGGGGAGGUUUGCUGUAUUGAACCACUGCGUGCUCCUCCAGACUUAAGAGACCAUCCCAUCACACACUACUCUCUGCUGGCUAUGGCUUCUCUCACUAAAAUUCUGGUCAUUGGACUGAAGCCUUCCCUGAAAGUCUGGAUGACUUUUCCAUACAGCAAGUCUGAUCCGUCCAGUGUUCCUCAGCUGGCCUGGCAGUUUGUUCCUGUUCAGAAGACAGUCAACCCAAUCCUGGCUUUUUGCAAAGGAGACACAGUCCACUUCCUCCUGGUGAAGAAGGAGGAGACAGGGACCAUCCAUGUCAUCAAACAAAGACAGCUCCACCUCAGCUGUGACAUCAUAAGCCUGAGUUGGAUCAACAGUCGGACACUGGUCCUGGUAGACAGCCAUGAAAAGCUGCAUGUUGUGGACCGGCCCAGUCAGGAGGUUUUGGAGACUCUGGACUUGGAGCAGGUGCAGCUGGUCUAUAACAGCCGACAUUUCAAAUCGCUGGCCACUGGAGGGAAUGUCUCUCAGGCUCUGGCUUUAGUUGGAGAAAAGGCCUGUUACCAGUCAGUCUCCAGCUAUGCAGGACAGAUCGUCUAUUUGGGCACCAAGUCGGCUCACAUCAUGACUCUAAGGAACUGGAGAGAGCGUAUAGACUUCCUGCUGAAACAGGAGCAUUUUGUUGAGGCACUCUCCUUGGCCUGGUCCUUCCACGAGGGAACUGCUAAGGCUGUGGUUGGCCUGUUUGGAGAUCCAGUAAAAAGGAAAGCAGUGGUAGAUGACAAGAUGGUAGAGAUCCUUUGUCAGUUUGCAGAGAAUGCUUUGAAGAAGUGUCCAGAACAAGGCAAGAUCCAAGUGAUGGAGCAACAUUUCCAUGAUGUGAUUCCAGUCCUGGUGGAUUACUGCCUUCUGCUGCAGAGAGCCGACCUGCUGUUCAACCAGCUGUAUGCUCGGCUGGCGGAGAACACGGUUGCUAAGGGUGUUUUCCUGGAGUCGCUGGAGACGUACAUUGUUGCAGACCGCCUUGGUCACCUCACCACACCCAUCAUGAGGGACCUCCUGGCUCAUUACCAUAGCAAUGGUAUGAUGGACAGCCUGGAGAGAUGCAUUGUCCAUCUGGAUGUCACCAGCCUGGACAUACAGCAGGUGGUUCGAGUAUGCUGGGAGAACCAACUGUACGAUGCAAUGAUCUACGUUUUCAACAGCGGCAUGAAUGACUACAUUACACCUAUGGAGAAGCUCUUUGCAGUGAUUGGACCACCACUUAGGGAGGGGAGGAACCUAACAGAUGAAGAAGUGGUGAUGGGAAACAAACUUCUGGUGUACAUAAGCUGCUGUCUUGCAGGCAGGGCAUAUCCUCUGGGAGAUAUCCCUGAAGACCUUGUGGUUCAAGUCAAGAACCAGGUGUUUGAGUUCCUGAUCCGUCUUCAUUCAGCUGACUCGUCAGAGGAGGAAGAGGUUUUCCCAUUUAUUCGUACUCUCCUCCACUUUGACACCCGGGAGUUCCUCAAUGUCCUGGCCAUGACAUUUGAAGACUUCAAGAAUGACAAGCAGGCUCUUGAGUACCAGCAGAGGAUAGUAGACAUCUUACUACAGGUGAUGGUGGACAAUCCAGACUUUACUCCCUCCCAGGUGGGAGGGCUCUUCACCUUUUUGGCUCGACAGUUGGCCAAACCAGAUAACACACUUUUUGUGAACAGGAAGCUCUUUGAUCAGGUUCUGGAGUUCCUGUGUUGCCCAGACGAUGACUCCCGACACACUGAGAGGCAGCAG